AUGGGCUCCACAGAAAUCCAAACUCCCGCGUCGGACUUCCGGUAUAUUCCUCUCUCUUACAGCCAUGCCGACUCUCAAGCCAGCGCCCUGCGCUUGAUUCUGACCAUCCACCCCGACUGGGAGGGCCCGGACAACAAGAUUGAGUUUGUUCGGUUCACCGAUGGCAUCACCAACACUCUCCUCAAAAUCAUCAAUCGCAAGCCCGGCUGGACCGAUGCGCAGAUUGACAAUGAGGCGGUGCUGAUGAGAGCGUAUGGAAAUGGCACAGAGGUCCUGAUCGAUCGCGAAAGAGAAACAAAAUCGCAUGCUCUUCUUGCUAGCCUUGGUCUCGCGCCACCCCUGCUCGCCCGCUUCAAUAAUGGUCUCCUCUACCGAUUCCUUCGCGGCAAGCCCUGCGGACACUUCGACCUCAUCUCACCGCCUAUCUGGCGCGGUAUCGCCCAACGGCUCGGCCAGUGGCACGCUGUUCUCCCUAGCCAGGGCAUCAACGCUACCACUGUGAAGGAUCUCACCGUCACCGAGACCCCGGACGCCGCUAUCAACCAGCAGGAUGAGGAGUUUUCGGUUAUUCAACCCCGCCGUGCGGGACCCUCCAUGUGGGCGAUCCUCCAGAAAUGGAUCCUGGCUCUGCCCGUAGCCACGCCCGAGCAGCGCUCCCGGCGUGCGAACCUACAGGAGGAGCUACAGUGGAUUGUGAGCGAGCUCGACGAUGGCAAGGGCCUCGGCGAAGACGGGCUUGUUUUCUCGCACUGCGACCUCCUCUGCGCCAAUGUUAUCGUUCUUCCCUCCGAGGAUGGCUCGGCCCUGUCUGAGGACGGCAUUGCGCAGGUUAGCUUUAUUGACUACGAGUACGCGGUCCCGGCGCCCGCUGCCUUUGAUAUCGCCAACCACCUCGCCGAGUGGGUCGGUUACGACUGUGAUUACAGCAUGAUCCCUACCAAGUCGGUGCGCCGACAGUUUUUGACUGAGUACGCCAAGAGCUACUGCCAGCACCGCAGCAUCGACGCGGCUUCCCAGAGCGAGAUUGUCGACAAGCUGUACAACGAUGUCGACCGCUUCCGCGGCAUUCCCGGAUUCUACUGGGGUGUGUGGGCUCUCAUCCAAGCUCAGAUCUCUCAGAUCGACUUUGACUACGCCAACUACGCCGAGACCCGUCUCGGCGAGUACUAUGCCUGGAAGCGUGAGCUCGACGGCAGCCGCGAGAAGGCCGGCGAUGAACUGCCCCUGCGUGAGCAGCGCUGGGCCCAGGAGGCCUAA